UACCGCCCCACUCCUCGAACUCCAUUUGCAUAUAUCGCAUCACCCCUACGCCUCGUUUCCUCGUUUGCGUUUCUCCACCGCGAUGCCCACCGCAGCAGCGAAGCAGAAGCAGAAGCCCACCGCGGCUUCUCACCCCCCGUACUUCCAGAUGAUCAAAGAAGCGAUCCUAGCGCUCCGCGACAGGACCGGAUCGAGCCCGCAAGCGAUCGCGAAGCACGUUGAGGAGAAGCACGAGGGGCAACUCCCCGCGAACUUCAGGAAGAUCCUCUCCAUCCAGUUGAGGAGCUUCGCCGCGAAGGGGAAGCUCGUGAAGGUGAAGGCCUCGUUCAAGCUAUCGGAAGAAGCGAAAAUGGAGAAAAGCGCUUCGGAGAAGCAGAAGCCGAAGGAAGCUUCUGCGGUGCGAAAGACGAAGAGUUUGGGGGCUGUGAAGUCGCCGAAGAAGGCGGUGAUUAAGACGAAGAGGAAGGCGGUGUCGCCGGCGAAGCCGAAGCAGCCGAAGUCGAUCAAGUCCCCUGCGGCGAAGAAGGUGAAGAAGAAGAAGGGUAACGCGUGAGUUUACGGGGUAGUUUGGUAGUUCGGAAUCUAGGGUUUGUAGGGAUUACAUAUGGGGUUAAGGGUUGUUUGUUUCGUUUUGUAUGUAAAUAUUUGUGCUGCAAAGGUGAUUAGCAAAUAUAUCUAUAUAUAUAUUUAUACAUAAAAAGCCUUCAAUGUUCGUGAGAAUUUCAUUGUGAUUCUUUUGGGACGGGUUUAUGU